AUGUUUGGCCUCGAGCGUGUCGUGCGGUGGCUGCUCAAGGGCUGGUUCCGCCUCGAGCGGAAGGACGUUGUGGUUUCGGCCACUCGUCUCGAGCUGGCCCGGCUCGAGCUGGUGGUCGACGCGUGGAACCAGGUGCUCGGCUGGGCAGGCCUCUGCCUUGCGAGUGGCUCUGCCCGCCGGAUCGCGGUGGCCAUGCCGUGGGCGGCGCCCCUGCCGAGCGGCUCGCGCGUGGAGGUUGGCGUCUACGACGCGAAGAUUGCGCUCGAGAGGCCGUCGGGCGGCGGUGCGGCUGGCGCGCAGACUGCGAGAGAAUGCGAGAUCCCCUUCUCUCUUUCGACGCACUCGGGAGACGCGCAGCCGAACCGGAGCCGCACCGCGCGCGGUGUGGCAGCCGCCGCGGCGGCGGCCGAGCAAGCAACGGAGGCGGCGGGCAGGUUCGUGGGAGCGGGCGCAGCCGCUGGCGCGCAGGGCGCCUCCGACGGCGCUUCGCCCCAGAGGCUCGAGAUCUCGCUGCGCUGGCUGGCGAUGAGUGAGGGUGGUGCUGCGGGCGUGGCGGACGGGGCGGCGGCGGGCGCGAGUUCGUCGGCGGACGAACUGCGGCGCGUGCUUCGCUUCCGUGGUGUGCGGCUGCGGCUCAGCUCGCCGGCAGGGGGAGGCGAGCGGGCGGGCGGCAGUGUGGUGGCGCAGGUGGGUCGCGACGACGAGCUCGAGGACGGGCUGAUCACCUUCAGCCUCUCGGCGCCAGGGCUGCUCUCCCUAGACGCCGAGAUCUAG